AUGUCCUCAGAACUCUACCUCGCCAAAUUGGAGGUACAAACGGCCUUAGAAGCAGCCAAAUCCUACAAAAGGAACUUCGCGCUCUCCCUCUGGGUUCAUAUCCUUGACACCGAGUUCCCACGCGAAGACGGGACGUGGUUCAUCAGCUACCGUCUCCAUCCCAGAAUUGUGUCCUACCGCCUAGUACCCCAAUGGCGCAGAUGGACACAUUCGCCGGGUGUAGUUGCCACUCGUUGCUAUUUACUCGUCAUCAUUUGGCCGUAUAAUUCCUAUGAGUUUGGAAAGCAUAGGAAGUUCGGGGAUGAUGCGCGAGAGGCGAUAUUACUGGUUAUGACGUUGUCACCGGGUGCUGAUAUUGGAGAACAUCAUAUUACUAUCGCGGCUGUGAGUGAGAUGGCUGUGGAGUUUUGGGAGUGGACUGGGAGAGAAAAUGGACGCCCGGAUUUGAAAAGGCUUGUGGUUGAAGAUCAGGAUGAAGAGAGGAAGAUAUCAGGGCCACUUCAUGUUGUUGACGACGCAGAGAAGGUGCAUAAAAUGCUACGGCAUGUUAGAGAAAGGGCAGAGUCAAUGGUUGAUACAGAUGGGAUAGCUUGGUCAUGA